GAUCAGCAACACUUAGUCCAAAGUAAAUUCUGUAAAUAACAACAUAACCAUCAUGAGUGUUUACAAACUAUUUGGAACUUGGCUUUACUUGUUUCCAUCACUUUUGUUAAAAGUAUCAGCUAUUCCAGAGAGAAUCCCAAUUGGUGGAAUAUUUCCAGUUGGAUAUGCACCGAUUCAAGAUGCAUUUGAAUUGGCAAUUCAUCUUCACAACAUGAACGAAGCAACAUCACGUUUCAAAGCUGAACCAAUUGUCAGGACAAUCGAUAACGAUGAUCCCUUCCAAGUGACCAGUAAUUUGUGCCUUCAGCUGAACCAAGGUAUAUUUGCUAUUGUUGUGCCAACAAUGGAUGCUUCAUUUCAAACGAUAGUUUCAUAUUCAAAUACAUUUCAGAUGCCUUUCAUCCAUUUGGCCUCACCAACAAUGAACACUUCAAAGAAACCCAUUUACGGCAUUUCUCUUCGACCCAAUUAUCUUCCAGCAAUCAUUGACAUUAUCAAAUUUUACAAUUGGAAGGACAUUAUUUAUCUCUACUUGAACGAUGAUGGUUUGUCUAAAUUGCAGCAAAUAUUGAGUUUAAUUAAUGAUGAAUAUACCUUGGAGCUUCGUGCAGUUAAACGCAUUCACAAUGCAACCGAUGCUCAUGCCUUUCUUGCCUCAAUCGAAAUGGCUGAUCCUGAAUCUAGGAAAUAUGUUGUUCUUGAUUGCGAUGCCGUAACUGCUAAAGACAUUAUUGUUAAUCAUGUUCGAGAUAUUUACAUGGGAAGGAGAAACUUUCAUUUUUUACUCACAAAUCUUGUUAUGGAUGAUUUUUUCAAUAAACACGUUCUUGAGUUUGGUGCUGUUAAUAUUACUGGAUUUCGCAUUUUACAAACUUAUAAUGAUGAAUACAAGCGUUUCUUUCAAAGUAUCAAACUACUUGGUCUUGUCAAUCGAUCCAUCGACGAAGAAGGCAGUUUAUCGGUUGAGUCUGCUUUGAUGCUUGAUGGAACCCGAGUCAUUUUAGAUGCUCUCAACCGUCUACUGCGCAAAAAGCCAGACAUUUUUCGCAACAACUUUAGACGUGGACAAGUUUACAAUAAUGGAACGCGUGGGAUUGACUGUAAAAUGCAGCCUCUGAUUCCAUGGGAACAUGGAAAAGAGAUUGCCCGUUACAUGCAAAAGACAAACAUGACUGGUCUAACUGGAAAUUUAUCUUUCGAUGAAAAUGGAUUUCGCACAAAUUUCCACAUAGAUAUUGUUCGCAUGACCAUCAACAGUGUUAUGACAAAGAUUGCAGAUUGGACUCCGUCCGGAAGUGUAACACUGAUUCCAACGAAACACCAACGAAUUCCUCAAGAUCAUCUUUCGCUCAAUAAGACUUAUGUUGUUACCAGUAUUUUGGAAGAACCUUACUUGAUGAUGAGAAAAGCUGAGAAAGGGAUUGUCUUACAAGGUAAUGAAAGGUUUGAAGGUUACUGUAAAGACUUGGCUGAUUUGAUAAGUGAAAAGAUUGGAAUCAAUUAUACAAUGAAAAUUGUUCGAGACAAAAAAUAUGGUGGAAUUGAUCCAAAAUCCGAAGCAGGGUGGAACGGAAUGGUUGGCGAAUUGAUACGAAAAGAAGCGGAUAUGGCAAUCGCUCCAUUAACCAUAACAUCGGCUCGUGAACGAGUAAUCGAUUUUACCAAACCUUUCAUGUCCCUUGGAAUCAGUAUAAUGAUCAAGAAACCGGCGAAAAAAAAUCCAGGAAUAUUUUCAUUUAUGAACCCUUUGAGUCAAGAGAUUUGGAUGUGCAUUAUAUUGUCUUAUAUUGGAGUUUCAGUUGUACUUUUCCUAGUUUCCCGUUUCUCUCCGCACGAAUGGAGAUACGAGGAAACGUUGACUGGUCCUUCAGUUACAAAUGAUUUUUCCCUUUAUAAUAGCCUUUGGUUUUCACUUGGUGCCAUUAUGCAGCAAAGCUGUGAUGUUUGCCCUAGAUCCAUUUCAGGGCGGAUUGUUGGUGGAGCUUGGUGGUUUUUCACCCUCAUUGUUAUAUCAUCUUAUACUGCUAAUUUAGCUGCCUUUUUAACGGUUGAACGAAUGGUUACACCGAUCAAUUCAGCCGAUGAUUUAGCCAAACAAACUGAAGUUGAAUAUGGUGCUUUACGCGACUCUUCAACGCAAGAAUUUUUCAAGCGUUCCAAAAUUGCCGUCUAUGUUCGUAUGUGGGAGUUCAUGACGCAACGUCCAAAUGUUUUUGUGGACACUUAUUCAGAGGGAAUUCGUCGAGUGAGAGAAUCAAAGGGAAAAUAUGCUUUUCUCAUCGAGUCUACACAAAACGAUUAUGUUAAUGAACGCCAGCCCUGUGAUACAAUGAAGGUUGGACGCAACUUGGAUGCUAAAGGCUAUGGUGUUGCAACGCCAUUAGGAUCACCUUUAAGAGUUCGUCUCAAUCUGGAAAUAUUAGCACUCAAGGAAAAUGGAGAUUUAACCAAAUUGGAAAACAAAUGGUGGUACGACAGGUCAGAGUGUAAAAGCAAAGACAGCAAGGAAUCCAGUCAGAGUGAAUUAACUUUGGGCAACGUUGCUGGAUGUUUUUACAUUUUGAUCGGAGGUCUUUUACUUGCCAUGUUGGUUGCUUUUGUUGAAUUUUAUUGGCAAUCAAAAACAGAAGCAAACAGGAAAAAGAUCUCAUUGUAUCAGGCAAUGAAGACCAAUGUGAAAAUAUCAAUAACUGGAGCUCCUUACUUUGAAAGGAUGCUGAAUAAGUGAUUGAUUUGGAUCAAUUUUGAUGGAUUGGUGAAGUUGACUAAUCACUGUUUCAAUGUAAAUGAUUGUGUGUUCAAUCUAUGCAAACUCAAUGUAAAUCAAGGCUGUUUUACAAGGCAAUAACUUUGAAUAACAAAAAUUAUCACUUUUUAAUAAACACAUUUCAAUGUUUUAAAAGUUAA